AAACAGGAGGACAAAGACUGACACAUCUCCAAGGUAUAGGCAAAAGAAAAGACAUUCUUCCUCGAUCAAGUACAAUGUCUCGUCCUGCACAGAGAAGACCAGAAUACCAUAAAAUAAACAGAGAUCUCUUUGUCCUCACGUAUGGAGCCCUAGUUGCCCAGCUGUGUAAGGAUUAUGAAAAGGAUGAAGAUGUGAACCAGUACUUAGAUAAGAUGGGUUACGGCAUUGGGACGCGACUCGUGGAAGACUUUUUGGCUCGAUCCUGCGUGGGAAGAUGCCAUAGUUAUUCAGAAAUUGCGGACAUCAUUGCCCAGGUUGCUUUCAAGAUGUACUUGGGAAUUACACCCAGUGUGACCUGCAACAAUUCAAGCAGAAAUGAGUUUUCCCUGAUUCUGGACAAGAACCCUCUGGUGGAGUUUGUGGAAGAGCUCCCUGCAGGACGGUCCUCUCUUUGCUACUGCAACUUACUCUGUGGGAUUAUCAGAGGCGCCCUGGAAAUGGUCCAUUUGGCUGCUGAUGUCACAUUCUUGCAAGACAGACUAAAAGGCGACAGUGUGACAGAAAUAGGAAUAACAUUUCUAAAAAAACUAGAUGAGAAAAAAUACAGACGGAAAAAAUGAAGACUAGCAUGCAAAAUGCCCCAGGGUGGCUAGCAGAGGAGUUAAUAUUAGCUAAAUAUGUAUAACCUUAGGAAUUCUGAAUUGCUUAGUAGCAUGAGCUUUGAAAGACUUCCAAAUCAGCCAG